AUGGCUAAAGGGAAGAAAGGAGCCCGCCGUAACCAGGCAAAGAAUCCGCUCAGUGGCGGUCGUAUUGAAUUCCGCAAUUCAGGGUUUUCUCCGAAGGUCGAGAGUCCACGUACUCAAUCCUCGUCGCAAGAACAAUCACAUUUCUCGCUUCAACAAGAAGCUAGGAACACCGAGCGUCGACACUCGUACUGGACCUCAGCUUCAAAAUUGCGUCACAAUGGGGUUGCCUUCGUCAGCGCAGGAAAUUUUGAUGCCAAUAGGCUAGUUGGCGAGGAGGAUGCUGCUAUAGCAUGUGAGCAAGAAGAAGCAAACAAACGUCAAGCGGGGGCAAGGAUAGAUUUCGAUGCGAACAAUCCGGCUAAGAUCCAACCUGAUCAAGAUGUGGCAUCCAGCUUUAUGGCUGGUACGGUGGCUCAACCGACUGAAGAUGAAUCUCAAAGAGAGAGUAGUCUAUUUGCCGUGGAUGUUGUUGGAUCCUCCUUGAAUUUUGAGACCGGACUUCCACACCCCAGAGUGCGGUCGUCAUCGCCGGCUGCAUCCGAUUCAAGUGAAGAAGUUAUCUUAUUUUCUGGAAGAAACAGACCUUUGGCCCACAUAUCGGAAACGCUAGAUGAAACACCUCUGACCAUUUCGUCCUCUGUAGGAGGAGGCCAUCAAGCCCGAUUUGAAGGACAACCGACAGAUGAUUCAGCCGGAGAUGCCUCUAGGAGACGAUGCGACCCCGCGUUUAAAGAGCCUUCUAGAGAUGCCACGGAAGAGCGAUCCAAUGGAAACAGAUCUUUCCAGCCUAAACAUGAGAAUAUACAAUCUCGUGACCAUUUCUCAAAACAAGCCCUAUUUCAAAAUCGAAAGAGCCAUAGCGUCGUCACCAAAUCUGGCCAGGAAGACGACCCGAUCGUGGCAGACUAUAUCGCAAAUAUGAAAGAAAAUGAUGAUCGGGGGUUCACGGAAGGCCACACGACCUAUACACUCAGAGAUUUAGGCGAUGUAGAUCAAGCUUACCAGGUUGACAUCUGCAGAAAGACGCCCACCAACCAAUCAUCCUCAAGUCGAGCUCCUCAACCACUCCGCGGAUCGUGUAAAUCCGUUGAUAGGAAGCCCAGAUUAUCUCACUUGGUGGGGGGCAGUGUAAAUGACGCUUUUCACACGACUGAGCAAUCCGAGGCUGUUGAAGCGCGCUCAGUGCAUACUCCUCAACGUGCUACAUCGGACGAGCUCGAAGUGCAAUUGCGGACAAACAAGGAUGUUUCGACUAGAUUAGAGGGUUUGGAGCCUUCGGCGGAUUCUGUCAAUGAACCUCAAAGCACAUACAAGAUCAAGCAGCCUACUCGACACUUGGAUGAGGCUGCUUAUCGGAAGAAGGUUCAGAUGAACGGCAACGAAGGUGAAAGUAAGAUUGGUCAAAGAGUGGCUGAGGAUGACGAAGACGAAUUUGAAGGGGGAGAAGAAGAGGCGGAGGAGAAUGAGGGUAUGGAAGAGGGAGAAGAAGCAGAGGAGGAAGAGGAAGAGGAAGAGGAAGAGGAAGAGGAAGAGGAAGAGGAAGAGGAGGAGGAAGAGGAGGAGGAAGAGGAGGAGGAAGAGGAGGGAUCUGAUAUUGGCCUUGAUUAUUUGGAAGAUAUGCAAGAUGAAGAAGAUCUCAUCGAACGAAGAAUACAGAGGAUGACAGAUGAGAAAAUCGCGAGGCUACUGGAGAAGCAAGAAGAGUUGGGGUUGGGGUCUGGUGAAUUGAUCCUGUUCGAUGGAGAUGAUGGAGAUGAGGAAGUAGGGGAAGAGCUUGAAAAUUUUCCGAUGUGGAACACAUCUCCUGGACGCCGCCCACAGUCUCGCCCUAAGCACCAAUUUCCAUCCGCUAACUUAAUGGCUGAUGUUCUGGACAACGAUCCAUAUGAUGGCUUUGAUGUCAUGGAUUUUGAUCGCCCCAGUCUAAAACGUAAGCCAAAAGGUCGCCGUGGGACACUUCCGUUUGGGCUGUCUGACAGUGAGAUGGAAAUAUCGUUACACUCUACAUGGGAGAAGGACAGGAAGAAGAAGCAGUUGAAGAAGAAAGAACGGGAGGAAUUGCGAGCACAAGGUUUACUGGGAAAGUCCAAGAAGGGAAAGCCGCAACUCAAAGCUAAAUACAAGGAGGGGGUUGGACUUGAAGAUAUUAAGGUCGAAAUCAAGCAAUUUUUGAGAGCUGAACAUACAAGCCUUGCACUUCCACCGAUGGAUAAGCGGAAUCGAAAACUCGUCCAUGAAAUCGCAAACGCCUUUUAUCUAAAGUCAAAAUCAGUUGGAUCUGGCAAAUCUCGAUUUCCAGUCCUAUAUAAAACUUCGCGGUCCCGAGAAAUCGAUGUGUAUUCGAGCGGACACAUCGACAGAAUUCUUGGCCGGAAGCGGUUUCUGCCUCGCAUGGACGUGAGUCAAAAGAACGGUGCGCUGAGAAAUGCAGGCGGAAAAUCCGUGAGCGCGGGAGUCGCUUAUCGGGAUGGAGAUGUUGUGGGCGCGACAGCCCCAGAACUUGGAGCAGAAAAUAAAGGACGAGCAAUGCUCGAGAAGAUGGGUUGGAGCUCAGGAACAGCCCUAGGUGCUGUUCACAAUAAGGGCAUUCUACAACCGGUCGCACAUGUGGUCAAGACUUCCAAGGCCGGGUUAGGCUAA